AACAAUGAGUCAGGCUGAUGAAGGAAAUCUCACUGACACAGAACUGGCACCUGAGAAUGAGUCACCUACCUGUGUGCCACCUCCAGCAGCUCCUAGCCAGGAAGAGGGAUCCGCUGACAUAACAGCAAGUCCUGCAUUUCAGUGUUUAGAUGAGCUAUUUUCUGCUGGAAAAAUUACAGACACCAGAGCAGCUGAGCUGAAGGAACAGUACACCCUGCUGCAUGAAGCUGUGAUAAGUUUACAGGAAUCUGAGACCCAGCUGUUACAGGAAGCUGAACGCCUGAGUACAGAACUGGAGCAACAAUGUGACCUGGAAAAAGCAGAACAGCUCCCUGAAGAAGCUUCCAGUGAAGCUUCCCAAAUAAGGCAGCAACUUCUUAGCUGCCGAAGUGAAUACAAUGCUAUUAAAGGAAGAGUGUAUGAAAAUCGAUUGAAGAUAGAAUGUUUGCGAGAAGAAAAAAAGCUUCUGGAAAAUGAAUACGAAAGAAUUUCAAAAGAAAAGAAAGGCAGUAAAAUUAAAAAGUUGAAAGAAAAUUGUGAUGAGCUCAGCAAAGAAGUAAUCCAGAGGAAAGAGGAAAUUGAUUCAAUAAAAGAAGCUGUUUCAUCCAAGGAAAAGCUGAUAUUAACAGAUGAGGAAGAAAUGGAAAAGCUUCAGGAGAUGCAGACUUAUUUAAAAGCUGAGCUGGUUAGGAUCCUUGGUAUUCCAAAGCAACUUGCAAAAGAAACUGAGAAGCUGAAUCAGAAAAAAAUUGAUGCAGAGAAGAAGAAUGAGGCCCUUAAUGACCAAAUAGAAGAAUUGAAUAGAACCCUGAAAGCCACUGAAAAAAAGACUGAAGAGAUUUUUCAAGAAAAAGAAGAUGUGAUGAAGGAAUUGCAUGACAGACAAACUUUGAUACAAAAGAAUGAACAAGAAUGCAUUACUUUGACAAAAUUACUAGAAAUUAGUGCAGAGAAGGAAUUAGCCAUCCUAACAGACAGACAAAUUCUGGAAAAUAAUUUAAAUAAAUGCGUCUUGGAGAAAAAAAAGCAACAAGAUAUUCUCAGUCACCAUCAAACACAGAAAGAUAAAGAACUGAAAAGUUUAAAAAAGAUAGAGUUACAACUGAAAGGGAUUUGGGAUUCCUUGGAAGGAGAUAAGGCAAAGCAUAAAAGACUCAAAUCAGAGGCAGAAAUUAACUCAAAAAAAAAUGCAAUAUUAUUAGAAAAACGACAAGAACUGCAGGAGGAGAUUGAAACGAUCAAGAGAGGUUUAGCUGAACAGGAAAUUAUAUCAGAUAUGGAUGCCCGUGUGUUAGAAGAAUGCCUUGCUGUAGAACGCUUGCUUUUCAAAGAGCAGGAAAAAUGCAGAAAUGAGUUAUCCACACUUACACAUCUGACUUGGCUCAGAGCUGAUGAGAGGCAACUGAAAUGCAGGAAUGUUCAGAAAGCCAAGAUUCAACUCCAAAGUCUUGUUAAGGAACUAAAAAGAAAGGAUCGUGAACUAAUCACCUGUAAAAAGAUGAAAAAAGAAGUCCAAAAAGAACUCCAAGAAUUGGCUAGGAUGUGUGAUCUUAUGCAAAUUGAAAAGGAUAAAUGCAUACAGUUGAUGCGUAUUGCUCAGUGGAAAGCAAAGGAAGCUGAAAACCGGGUAAAAUUGCUAGAAAAUAAUAUAGAAAAUUUAAGGAAUGCCGUUAUAACCAGGGAAAGAAAAUUGCAGGAAGAGUAUCUGAAGAUUAAAAAGAAUGAGAGAAUGAAAGAAUUGAUCAAAAAGGAUUAUUGCAAAGUUGUACAAGAGAUACUAGAGAGUAAAGAAAAGGAAAAGUAUCUGAAUGUUGACAGACUUACUACUGAAGCCACACACAUGGAAGAGGAAAUUUUGCAGAUACGCAAAAAAUAUGAAAGGACUGUUCAGCAACAAAAUGAGAGUAGUCUUCUGCUUAGAGAACGAGAAGAAGAACUAGGCUUUUUGUAUGAAAAAGUAAACAGGCAAGAGAUGUUGUGUAAAAAUGGAGAUAGUAAGAUGCAAGUUAUGGAUGAAAAGAUCAGUUUUCUGAAGCUGAAGGUAGCUGAGAAAAAAAGAGAGGUUAAAUUGUGUUUUAAAGAGCUCACAGUGAAGAAUGCCCUGGAUGCCCAUCUGAUGAGACUUCGGAUACAGUAUUCCGAGUGCAGGGACAAGAUUAAACAGCUGGAGGAAAACUAUGGUGAUGCCACAAAUGAGAGCAGAAAGCAAGAAAUGGGAGGGAAGGACCCAUCUCCACCUGAGCUACUAAAAAGGAUUGAACAGAUGGAGGCAGAGCUGCUGCAGAAGGAGCAGAGACUGCUGAAGAUAGAAUUUCUCUUUGAGAACAUUUCUGAUCUGACGGACAGAAUCCAUGCUGUGGUGGAGAACAGCAAGCAGGACAUGCUGCUUUUUGCUAGGAGGAGCAAUGACCUGCAGAGGAAGAUAAAUGACAAAACCCAGGAGAUAAGGGCUCUUUUUGCAGAGUUAUCCAUGAAGCAAGAACUUGCUAUUAAACUCCAGCAGGAAAUCAGAGACAAAGAACAAUUUGUGAUGACUGCUUCAUUGAUGAUAAGUCAAGGCCUUCCCCCUCCUAAAAAAGUAGAAAAUAAACAGAAGAUCCUGCACAAUGAGAAGAUGCAAAAAGCAGCAGCUGAAGCCAGAGCAAAACACCCUGCAGAGGAGGAACAAGGUGCAGUGCCUGGCCAUGCCCCCACUAUCCCUGAGGAGGAGGAGGAGAGGCUCCCACUGUUGCAGCCCCAUGUGGUUCCCUUCAGACCAACUGAGCCCAGCUCGAGUCAAAGACAUUUCAAAAAGCCUCCUGCAAAGUCAUUUGAAAUGUGAACAGACAGCACCUAAAGCAGGAGAGACCAUUACCAGCUGCUGGGUCACAAGGGUCAGCAGCAUUUACACUGCACUGAAGGAAGAUCUGUUGGUGUUCAGCCAA